UCACUCAGUAUUACUUUGAAAGUCGUACUAUAUCAUACAUUUGAUGUGCUCCGUGAGAUCGUCUCCUUUGCUCACAACUAACGUGUGAAAUUGUGACUCUGCGGUGGAGUUCACGGAUCGGAAAACGUAGACAAUAAAUAUAAAAUGGAUCAAAAAUUUUUUCGAGAUCAGUCGUUGACUGCACGCGUACAAACGUACAUGCGUGAAAAUGAAAACAAAGUAUACAUUGAUGUGAAUGAAAUGGCAGAUACGUUGCAAAGGCGAUACAGAGAUUAUCGUGGCAAAAAACGUGGUGCUUUUCGUGCGAUGGUACGCAAAGCUUACGAUGAGCUUACUGAGUUAUUUUCAAGAAAACCAAUUCGUGACUGCUCUACAUAUGCUGAUGAUGAUUUUGAGGACGAAGUUGAUCUUGAGUCAGAUUCGCAACAAGGUCCAAUAAGCAAUAUAUUACUACAAAUGUAUAAGAAAACACCAUGUAAACAAAAUGGAAAUUCAAGUGAUAAAGAAUUGAUAGAUAUCAGCAGUGAUGAUGAUGUGUCUAAAGUUGAAUCUAAAGCAGAAUCUAAUGCUGAAUCUAAGGCUGAAUCUAAGGCUGAAUCUAAUGUUGAAAAAGACACAAAAGAGACAGAGCUUGCAUGUAAUACAAAUGAAAAAUUUGUGCAUAUAACUCCAUCCGUUACUCUGAAGCUUGAAACUGCUGAUUCCAAGUUACAAACACCAUCACCUCAGACACCAACAACACCUGCAAAUGGAACUGUAAAACCAACACCUUUAGAAUCUACAAAAAAACGACAAAGAGGAAAGGAUAAUGAUAGCACGUCCUUUGUAGUUACGAAAAAAACUAAAACUAUACCUAUCACAGAAUUAAAAGUUACAUUCUCGAAUGUAGGAGGUAGUGAGAAAGUUUUGAAGACUGUGUGCACCUUACUUGCUCACAUGAAACAUCCUGAGAUCUUCAAGCAACUUGGUAUAUCUCCACCGAGAGGUUUUUUACUUCAUGGACCACCUGGAUGUGGAAAGACAUUAUUGGCACAUGCAGUUGCGGGAGAAUUAAAUAUGCCUUUACUGAAAGUAGCAGCACCUGAGCUUAUAGCUGGAGUGUCGGGUGAGAGUGAAGCUCGUAUCAGGGAAUUAUUUGAUCAAGCUUUAGCUCUUGUACCGUGUGUUGUUUUCUUGGAUGAAAUUGAUGCUAUCGCGCCACAUAGAGCUACAGCACAAAGGGAAAUGGAACGAAGAAUUGUUGCACAAUUAUUAUCAUGUCUAGAUGAACUGAAUCUUAAAGAAAAUGGAGAUAGAGUAUUGAUAAUUGGUGCAACAAAUCGACCUGAUUCAUUGGAUCCUGCUUUAAGAAGAGCGGGACGUUUUGAUCGCGAAGUGUGCCUUGGAAUACCAGACAGGGAAGCAAGGGCUAAGAUUCUAGCAGUGCAUACUGAGAAAGUUGUACUGGCCCCUGACGUUGAUUUGUCAAUGAUAGCUUCUCUUACUCCAGGUUUUGUAGGUGCAGAUUUAGUCGCCUUGAUUAGAGAAGCCGCCAUGGUUGCUGUGGACAGAGUUUUUGAGGAUCUUAAAAAAUCAAAGGCAGAAGAAAAAUUACCAGAAACUGAAGUAGAUAAGGAGUCUGGCAAAUCAUCAGAAACUUUUGAAAACUCAGGAAAUUUAAUUGAUACUGGUGGUAAUGUAACACAAAGUCCAGUGGAAAAUUUAGAUUUGAAGGAAUCGUCUGAAAAACCUCCAGAUGCGAACAAGGACAUAAUCCAAAAACAACCUAAAAUAUCAGACUUGACAAGCUUGUUAACCUGGUUGCGUACUGAACCACCACUUUCUCCAGAACGUUUGUCGACCUUGCGCGUUAAACACAGUGAUUUUGAAUCUGCUCUACGUGUUGUUCAACCUUCAGCAAAGAGAGAAGGAUUCGCAACAGUUCCCGAUGUAACAUGGAACGAUAUUGGAUCGCUGCAUGAUAUACGGCGAGAAUUACAAAUGGCGAUUCUCGCUCCUGUUAGAUAUCCUGAAUACUUCAAUGCAUUAGGCUUAACUGCGCCUACGGGAGUAUUGCUAUGUGGUCCACCUGGCUGUGGAAAGACAUUACUGGCUAAAGCUGUCGCCAACGAGGCCGGAAUUAAUUUCAUUUCUGUUAAAGGACCAGAACUUUUAAAUAUGUAUGUCGGUGAAAGCGAAAAGGCGGUUCGUCAGUGUUUCUUAAGGGCGAGAAAUUCAGCACCGUGUGUUAUAUUUUUCGAUGAAUUAGACGCGCUGUGUCCCAAGAGAACAGAGAACGACCAUUCGGCCACCUCACGAGUCGUCAAUCAAAUGCUUACAGAAAUGGACGGUGUGGAGGGUCGACAAGGAGUAUUUCUAAUGGCCGCCAGUAAUCGGCCUGAUAUUAUAGAUCCAGCCGUUUUAAGGCCGGGAAGGCUGGACAAAAUUUUGUAUGUUGAUCUGCCAAAUGAACCCGAACGAAUUGACAUUUUACGUGCGCUAACGAAGAAUGAGACCAGGCCGAAACUAGACGAAGACGUUAACUUGAAUGAAGUUGGACAUGUUACUAAAGGUUUCACCGGGGCAGAUUUAGCAGCUUUGAUUAGAGAAGCUGGUAUGGAAGCACUGAAAGAAGCAAUUGCAAAUCUCGUGAGUGAACCGAAGAUCUGUAGGCGGCACUUUUCAUUGGCACUUGUAAAAGUGCAACCGUCUGUUCGUGAGAAAGAUAUCAAACACUAUGAAAAACUGAGCAAAAUAUAUUCAGUUAAGAACUCUGAAGUUACUCCAAUGGACACACCGGCAGAUACACCAGUCACUGACGUAAUCAUGGAACCAAUGGAGAUUUGAAAUACAAUCAUUAUAAAGAGUUUGUAUUUGUAGGCUGAAGAAUUCUUCCAAUAUCGAUCUUUAUGUUCUACGCAACGCAAGUUCUGCUUAGUUUAAUUUUUACAAGUCUAAUAAUGUUUGAUACUGGGAUAUAGUUAUUUUCCUUAUGAAAAACUAUAGUGCCAUUAUUUUAAGAUAUCGAUUAAUGUAUCUUUUUACAUUCUGUAUCUUAUCGACAAACUGGAACGUGUAUACUUUAACUUUAUAAGGAUAUGAAAUACCAAAAGCAUGCACAUGUAAUUUUAAUAUAACGACGUCUCUUCGAUAAAAUUUUCAUUUUCGUCAAUAAAUAUUCACAUUUAAUAUCGUA